AACACCAGUGAUGCCGAGAAGAUCGACGCGCGCGGGUUUGCCGUUACCACCCUGCGUGCCUUGCCUGCUGUGUCUGCCUCUGCCUAUACCCUCUCACGCGAUUCCUCCCCACUAAUUCUCCGGCCCAUCCAAUCCAACCAAACGCUGCCCCAAAUCCACUCGCCCUAUCUCCAAAUUACCUCGCAAUACUGCGUCGCUUCCGUCCCAAACCCGUCUCAUCCGAUCCGGAAAUACCCUUCCCCACUUCGAUUCUGCGCCAAAUUCGUCUCCCCUUCAAGAUCCGGCUCAGAUUUUACCCUGCGUUAUUCGCAUCCGCGUUGCCAAUUCCUCAAGCCUUGAACCCGAGCCACGGAAAUCGAAUCGAAUGAAUCAAGCUUGCGCAACGCGGAGUUGAUGCCACCCGGCGAUGGAUCGCCGCAUCCUCAGGAGCGCGUCUUUCAACGGCUGCGGUAAGAACCUUCCCCCUUCCUCCCCCGUGGCGGGGUCCCGGACGGCCGCGGCCGCGGCCGCGGGCUCCAAGGACGACACCGCUGCAGGUGAGCGCAAGGCCCUGCUGCCGCGGCAGCCGUCCGGCGGCAUGGCGCGGAAGAGCCAUAAGGGGCCAAAGCGGCGCGUUCAGUGGAAGGACAGACAUGGCAAGAAGCUCACAGAGGUCUUGGAAUUCCAGCCUAGGCAGGGGGAUGGGGACGUGAUGUUAUUAAGGCCUUGAGGUUAAUUUUCUUCAUAGCUCCUGGGUCCAAAAAUUGGCAUGCUAUAAUUGAACUGCUGUACUGAUUUUGUUCCAACUGCCAAUUCAAGAAAGCCCUGCUGGACUUCACUACUUUAAUACGGUCAGUUGAUUUUCCUCUAAGGUACAUCUUUUUUGCAGUGACUCAAGCGACUCAGAUGACGAGUAUUUGGAUACUUGCAUAUGCUCAAUCAUGUAAAUACCACGAAACUAAAUCUCUGGCGCAUCUUGCACAAUUGGAGUUUAUCGUGUGUACAAAGAGCUGUACCUCAGUUUUGAUGUCUUCAGCUUGACCCUAACAGUCGUUUAUACGUAAGUUCACUUCAACAGACUCCUGCGUCAUCUUGUACGGGAGGAAGCGCAAUCUGCAAUGGACAAAUGGGUGAGAACUGGGAAGCAUCGGAUCUGUCGGAUCUGCAAUUGGUCUUCACUGGGAGUUGCAUCAGAACCCUAAGAUAUUACCACUGGAUAGAGUAGUUACAAAGGAUAAAAGAAGCCCUGGUUUGUUUUUGGGUUGCACAGCAUCCUUGUCUUUUCGCCGAGUAAUGCUCCCUGAUAAGGAAAAUGCUGUUAGAAUCGACCACUAGUAUUUAUAUUGCACGGCCACCAUUAUGAUCGAUUUUGUCACUAGUAUUUGAUAUGUUAACCGGUGAUGUUCCCUUUUGAUA